AUGUUCAUCCUCAACACUACCAUAGACGAUUCGAGUCCACUCAUUAUCUAUAGCCCUGCUGGAGACUGGGCCCAAGGAAACGCGGAUGAUAUUGAACUGGGAAAAUAUUGGAGAGAAUCAUAUACAUACACGUGGAAUGCAGGCGCUCAAGCCUUAUUCACUUUCAACGGUACUGGCAUAACGAUACUUGGCGCCAGAAGAAGUGUUCGCGGGUCUUAUACAGUAGACUUAGAUGAAAUAUCGGAGGUACUAAACGCAACCGCUCCUGAUCCCGGGGAAUAUCAGGCGGUCUUGUUUAAUGCCACUGGUCUACAGCAAGCCCAGCAUACUAUCACAGUAAAGAACAUGGAUGCAUCGGUUGACAUCGACUGUAUUCUUGAGCUCCACGUAUACCAACAGAUUCGUUGGUGGUCAACAGUGGGUAGCGGAGAAUUACAAGAACCGUCGGCUGAAAUGAACGAUGAUACUGAAUCCACGUUUCUCUGGCAUCCGCCAGACGCAUGGUCAAUUCCACUGAGCAAUAUCUCACAAUUCAAUAACGGAACUGGGCAGUUCGUCAUCUCCCCUCUACUUUAUGCUCUUCGAUUUAUCGAGCUACAGCUCCACGUCUCAAGCUGGGGCAUCAGUCAAUUACACUUUCUCAGUGAUGCUGUAUCCGUUUUCGGUACUUCAGGUCCCCAGAAUAGGAACUAUACCGUUCGAAUUGACGACAUGGUCUCCCCACCUUUUUCUGCAGAGAGAGACACCUAUGAAACCAGUGUAUUAUUGUUUCAAGCAGAUAACUUGGGGGCUGGAGAUCAUAUGUUGUCGUUGGUUAACAGCGCCGAAGGAGGGCUGUUACAAAUUGAUUACGCGCUAUCUUUUACCGAUAAUACCACCGUAACUAUAGAUACGUCAAGGGUACCGAGCUCCACGGCCUCAUCCUCCACUUCACCUUCAGGCUCUUCGGAUACUCCUCCACAAUCUUCUCUAAAAGCAGGCGCUGCUGCAAUCGUAGUGGCUUUAGUUGUCUUCAUUUCUCUUCUGGUCGCCAUCUGGGUAAGUUUCAGUCUAUAGAGAAACUUUUUAAGGCGGCUUGAUUGAUAUGACAUCAGUUACUCCUUCGUCGGAAUAAGACACUCUGG